CAUCAAAGUUGGAAUAUAAAAAGCCACUUGGAAUACAGUAUAAAAGAUUCACUGGUGUGGCACGUUGUCUCUCAGCCGUUACAUGCAUUAAAAAUUGGCUUGGUGUUACAUGCAUAGACGAGCAAAGAAAAAAAGGGGGGAAGACCAUAUCGAUUGCAAGAUCAUGCAAAAAUUACAAAUCUAUGUUUAUAUUUACCUGUUUAUGCUGAUUGUAGCUGGUCCCGUGGAUCUCAAUGAGAGCAGCGAGCAAAAAGAGAAUGUGGAUAAAGAUGGACUAUGUAAUGCAUGUACAUGGAGACAAAACACCAAAUCUUCAAGAAUAGAAGCCAUCAAAAUUCAAAUCCUCAGUAAACUUCGGCUAGAAACAGCUCCUAAUAUUAGCAGGGAUGCUAUAAAACAACUUUUACCCAAAGCUCCUCCACUCCGGGAAUUGAUUGAUCAGUAUGAUGUCCAGAGAGAUGACAGCAGUGAUGGUUCUUUGGAAGAUGAUGAUUAUCAUGCUACAACUGAAACAAUUAUUACUAUGCCUACGGAGUCUGAUUUUCCAGUGCAAGUGGAAGGAAAACCCAAAUGUUGCUUCUUUAAAUUUAGCUCUAAAAUACAGUACAAUAAAGUAGUAAAGGCUCAACUGUGGAUAUAUCUGAGGCCUGUCAAGAAAUCUACAACAGUGUUUGUGCAAAUCCUGAGACUCAUCAAACCCAUGAAAGAUGGUACAAGAUAUACUGGAAUUCGAUCUCUGAAACUUGACAUGAACCCGGGCACUGGUAUUUGGCAGAGUAUCGAUGUGAAGACAGUAUUGCAAAAUUGGCUCAAACAACCUGAAUCCAACUUAGGCCUUGAAAUCAAAGCUUUAGAUGAGAAUGGUCAUGAUCUUGCAGUCACCUUCCCAGGAGUAGGUGAAGAUGGAUUGAACCCCUUUUUAGAGGUCAGAGUUACAGACACACCAAAAAGAUCUAGAAGAGAUUUUGGUCUUGAUUGUGAUGAACACUCAACAGAAUCUCGAUGCUGCCGUUACCCACUAACAGUAGAUUUUGAAGCUUUUGGAUGGGACUGGAUUAUUGCACCCAAAAGAUAUAAGGCUAACUACUGCUCUGGAGAAUGUGAAUUUGUAUUUCUACAAAAAUAUCCUCACACUCAUCUUGUUCACCAAGCAAAUCCUAGAGGUUCAGCAGGACCCUGCUGUACUCCUACUAAGAUGUCCCCAAUAAAUAUGUUAUAUUUUAAUGGAAAAGAACAAAUAAUAUAUGGAAAAAUUCCAGCCAUGGUAGUAGAUCGAUGUGGGUGCUCAUGA